AUGCAUAAUUCUAAAUCCACAUUCCAAAAUGUAUUAUCCAUUCACUACAUAAAAGUGCAUCGUUUAUUCCUAUGGAUAUUAGGCGCUUGGCCGGAAGAAAUGUUCGAUGAGAAAAUAACAUUUAUUACCAGAAAUCACCGACGAUCUAUGAUGAUACAAAUAGGACUCGUAAUGUUGGGACAGUUCAACUAUUUAAUACAGAACAGGAAGAAAAUCAAUGUUUUCGACGCGGGACAUGUCUGUCUUACGAUAAGUUUGACAAUAAAUACAACCACUAACAAGAUAUCCUGGAUUUUCUUAAGAAUUAUGUUAGUUUUCGUGGCAUUAGGUAUUACAGGUUUCAACGCAAUACCAUUGUACAAUAAUUACAAAGCUGAAGUAUUCAGUAGCGAGAAGAAAAGUAAUUUAAAAUAUGAAUUUUCUAUUUAUUACAAAUUUCCCGGAUUCGAUAUCGUUGAUCAUUUUACAUUGAGUACUAUAUAUAGUAUAUACUUGUCAGUUAAUUGCGGUGCUUAUGUUUCUUCUAUUGAUUUAUUUUUAAUACUCAUGAUGUUCCAAAUGGUUGCUCACUUACGUGCUUUGCAAGGUAGCUUGAAUAACUUAUCGAUACUUGAUGAUAGACCUUUGGAAGUGGAGAAUUCUAACAUAACGCCUGUACUUAAAAUGUUUGACAAUGAAGAAAAUAAUAAAAUACAUCUGAGAUUGAAAUCAGUUAUUGAUCAUCAUAGAUUUAUAGUGAAUUUCGCAGGUGAAAUAUCAUCUUUCUUUGGGCCAAUGUUGGGUAUUAACUAUUUAUGUCAUUUACUUCUCUGUUGCUUAUCACUUUUUGAAUGUUCUCAAGGGGACGCAAAUACAAUCUCUAAAUACGGACCUUUAACGAUUCUUAUCUUCGGACAACUUAUUUUAAUAUCUGUCAUAUUUGAAAUCGUGCAAACCGAGAGCGAGAAAUUACGAAAUGAACUGUAUUACGUGUCAUGGGAGCGCAUGGAUAUAAGGAAUCGCCGCACACUUUGUUUCUUCCUGCAAAGACUACAGGAACCAAUCAGUAUCACUAGUAUGGGCAUGGUAUCGAUAGGCGUACAAACUAUGGCCAAGAUCUUGAAGACAACAUUCUCUUAUUUUACAUUUUUGAUGUCGAUGAAGGACAAUGAAUCCGGUGCUUAG